AUGGUGCUCAAAAGCUUGAUUCGUCGUUUUUCUUCUUCUCCUUCUUCAUUCACAGAACCAGGUAAAGUGACUACAACUAUUCCACAACGUUUAGAACUUAAAGUAACCCAGCUUGAGAAAUUCCUCCAAAAUGAUUGUAAAGAAGGUAAUGUCACUCUUGAUGAAGCACGUUAUUUCUUUGGAUACAUGAUUCAUAUGCAACCCAAACCACCAAUUUCAUCAUUCAACCGGUUGUUUGGAGCACUGGCUAAGAAAAAGUUUUAUGAAGAUGUUAUUUUGCUUUACAAGCGAGUGGGUUCGAUGGGGUUGUUGCCAGAUCUUUAUACUUUGAAUAUUUUGAUUAAUUGCUUUUGUAAUGUGGGUCGAGAGUAUGAGGCUGUGGAGUUUCUGAAGAAAAUGGUUGUGUUUGGGGUUAGGCCUAACGUGAUUACAUAUGGGCCCUUGAUUAACGGGUUGUGUAGAACAGGUAAUACCACUAUUGCACUUGAUACACGAACAGAUGUGGACAAGCCUGAUUUGGUGACGUUUAUUACAAUGAUAAAUGGGCUUUGCAAGAGGGGGAAAAUGGAGGAAGCUAAUGAUGGGUUUUCACCUAAUGUGGUGACGUAUAAUAAUGAUAAGUGGCUUUGCAAGGAGGGAAAGAUGGAGGAAGCUAAUGGGUAUUUGGAAUCAAUGAUCCAAAGAGGAUAUGUAAGAAUGGUGUUCUGGGGUAGCAAAAUUGUUUUGUACUUGGAGAACUACUUGUUUAAAAUUGCCAGCCUCAUUGAUGGGUUUGUAAAUGGAAUGAUCGAAAUUGCUUUGGAGAUAUUUCACCAGUUGCCUCAAAAAGGCCUAUUGCUAGACGUUGUGACAUAUUCCAUCUUCAUCCAUGGGUUUUGUGAAGAAGUGAAGCUACAAAAGGUGUUGCCUUUGUCUUAUAAGAAAUUACUCCUUGACAGUUCUUCUUCGGGAUGGACAUAA